AAAAACUUGUGCGGGCCAUUUUCCGGGCAGUAAGAUCGAGUGCGCGCGCCGCCCCGACAGCUAGAGCCGCCGCUGAAAACAUCCCCGCGUCCACCCCUGACGCGAUACCGGCCCCCUCCCCAAGACCUGGGCCGCCUCCACCGGCGCCUACAACAGCAGCCGCGGUAGCGCCGGCCCCGCCACCACCACCACUAACCGCCGACCAACCGCCUAGGGUGGCCGAGGGGAGAGGAACGAACGAGCCCGGAGGCGGCAUGAGUGAGGCGGCAGAGACCACCCCCCAGCCCCAGGCCCCGGCGGCGGCGGCGGCGGCGGCGGCCGCGGCCCCGGACUCCGCGCCCAAGAGCCCAGUGAGCAGUGGCGCCCCCCCGGCCGCCGCUUCUGCCACCGUCCAGGGAAACAACCCCAGUGGCGACGCGGCAGCCACUCCGGCCCCCGCCCCGGCCGCCGCCUCCGCAACCACAGAAGACCAGGAAAAGAAAGUUCUCGCCACGAAAGUCCUUGGCACAGUCAAAUGGUUCAACGUCAGAAACGGAUAUGGUUUUAUCAAUCGAAAUGAUACUAAAGAAGAUGUGUUUGUACAUCAGACUGCCAUCAAGAAAAAUAACCCACGGAAAUAUCUGCGUAGUGUGGGUGAUGGAGAAAUUGUAGAGUUUGAUGUGGUUGAAGGCGAGAAGGGGGCAGAAGCGGCCAAUGUGACUGGCCCAGAUGGAGUUCCAGUGGAAGGUAGCCGCUAUGCUGCAGACCGGCGCCGGUACCGACGUGGUUAUUAUGGCCGGCGUCGUGGACCUCCUCGCAGUUACCCUGGGGAGGAGGAGGAGGAAGGGAGUGGCAGCAGUGAAGGAUUCGAUCCCCCCACAGCUGAUGGGCAGUUCCCUGGGGCUCGGAGUCAGCUGCUGCGCCGCCCACAGUACCGGCAGCGGCGGUUCCCGCCAUACCACGUGGGACAGACCUUUGACCGUCGCUCACGGGUCUUUCCUCAUGCCAACAGCAUGCAGGAAAGACCCGUGAGCGACGGUCAAAGGUCUGUCCCACGUGGUAUGGCGGGAACCGCCGCUGCCGGUACUGUGGGCGGCGCAGCAGCUGACUCCGAGCCCCAGGGAACUGCCCAUCAGCUGUGGGGGGAUCGAAUCCUUCACUGCUGCCACUCCCUUCCUCCUCCUCCUCCCCAGGGUACUAGCGAAGCAAAGAAAUGCAAAGAAUCAGGAGGAAAGCUAGGCAAGGGCAACAGCAAAGACCACCAGAAUAUUGCAGAGGGUGAAUCCCAAGAAAAAGAAAUUUCAUAUAUUCAAAAGAUGUCACCUUAUGCAUCCAAGCUGACAGGCUAG